AUGACUUCCCGCGCUCCCCAUCCGGCUUUGCCCACGCUUAUUUCUCAUCCUACUAACAAACCUCGCCUUGGAUCCAAGCAACUUCAAAUCACUUCGGCCGCUCAAAAAUCUAUGCGCGACGUGAGCUCCCAGUCAGACACAAAUUCAAUGAAUAUACUAGUCGAUGAAGCCCCUCAGCUUGAUAAUCCAGCCUUAGGACAAAUGCGCUUGGCUGUUACAAAUCACCCCCAUGAGUCAGCAUCAACCGAUUCAAAGAUGUACGAGCCCAUCUCUGCGCAAGGCCAACUUCCUGCUGCCGACGAAUCAAAUGAAGCAAGUGCGCCAACGCAAGCAGUCCUCCCGGCCAACGUUCUUGGCCUAAUCGAAAGUAUCCCCGAUAAACUCGCCUUUUUGCUUGAGCCGAAUGUCGAUUAUGAAAAGCGAUCCUGCCGCAAAGACCUGAUACUCGGCGUAAUCAAACACUUCCACCCUGGCUAUACAUCACCGGUUUGA